UAACGGUAGGGCUGAAGCCCGUGCCCCCACCCGACUACCUGAAGUCAAACGAUUGAUCUUUUCGAGCCGGCCCACCACCCCCGAGGUCCCUCUUUCAAAUCCACCCCCUCCUAUCCUCUGGGGCAGCACCAGCUCCGCUGCAUCAUGCUUUGUUGAGCUCUCUGGUGAGCCACUAUUCACAAUGAGCAGUGCCAUCCCAUCUGCAUUCCGGCCCGCCGCGCGCCUCCCCAUGCAGUGGAACACAGUAACGCUCGCCCUGGCGCGCCGGUACUGCACUCAGCAGACGUGCUUCUCCACCACUCCCUCGUCUCCCAUUUUCUCCGCCCUUCGACCAACUACCUCUAUCCAAUCCCACCGUCUUUUUUCCACCACCCGACAAUGCGCCGCUAAAGUGCACAACCCUCCUCACAACGAUCCCACAACCUCUUCGAACCCCACCCCCCUACAGAGACGCGCUGUCCAAAUAGGCCCUCUUCCAACAGGACCCGUUGACGGAGAGACUAUACGACGCAUCUUUGGCGGUCGUAUUUCUUCGACAGAUGGGAAUGCUGCGUUACGAAUUAUUCACCAUCGCCGAACAUCGGGAUCUCUCGCCGACUAUGGCGUUGACAAUCUCGGUGCUCAUUUGGAGCACAUAAACCGACCGGCUGCCACCAAGGCAUUAAAUUGGUUACGUAGCAAGAUCCCUGUGGACGAGGCGCGUGCUGCUGAGGAAUGGGCAGAGAAGGAGGCGAAUCGACUGGCCUACAAUCUGUGGUUGGCAGACCCCGAAAACGAUUCCAAGUACAAGGAUCCCGCUAGGGCUUUUAGGGAGAAGCAGAGAAGAGACAAUGAGGAGAGGGAGUUGCAGGAGCAGGAAGAAGAGGAGGGGCGUCGCAUUGGUUUGCUACAUGUUGGACCUUCGCAAUUUGAGCGUAACAUCAAGGAGCAAAGGCGACUACGUCUAGAGGCUGUCACAAGAGAGGCCGAAGAGAAGGAGGCACGAGAAAAAAAUGACGAAGUCAAGCUUGCCACGGGUGAAUGGGUUCGUACACCUAGUGGAACACAACUGAUGAAGCCGGGUCAGGAAGCGUACAUCGACAUCUUCGGUCGUGAGCAGAUCAGUCGGCGGAAGGAAGAAUUGGAACGGGCUCAGAAGAAGUCCCAGACUGAUUUCAAGAGCCCAGAAGAAAUGCUGGCAGCCACCACCUUAACCCAACGACUUGUUCCUAUGACGACAUUGGUAUUAUUCGUUUGUGUUCUUGCCUAUGGAUUUGCCCACUACUAUGUUGAGCCGUCGCCAUCGUAUCGCAUGUGGCCCGGUAUCUCUCUCUCUCACGCCACCUGUCUCGGCAUCUUUGCGUCCAAUUUGUUCAUGGUCGUAGCAUGGCGUCAAUACAGCUUUUGGCCCAUAUUGACGCGGUACUUUAUGCACGUCCCUGGAUAUCCACGCGCCGCGCAGGCUGUUCUCAACGUCUUCUCGCAUGUGCAAUGGGAGCACUUUGUGGCAAACAUGAUGAUAUUCGCCGUCAUUGGGCCCUGGUGUCACGAUUUGGUGGGUCGCGGCAUCUUUUUGGGUACCUACAUCACUGCUGGCACUGUUGGGUCCUUGGCUACCCUGUACUGGGCCAAUCUGGGUCGUGGCAACAUAAGUUCGCACUCAGUUGGUGCUUCCGCUGCUAUCUGGGGAAUUGCGGCGGUUUUGUGUCUUUUGACGGACGCCGAAAAAAUCGAAAUUCCAUUUAUCAAGGACCUGGAGGUCAGCAUUUGGCCAAAGACUCUGUUUGCUGCUUUUUUAGCAACAGAAAUCUACACUGCGAGAAGAGGGACACGUCAAACCGUUGAUCAUGCAAGUCAUUUCGGUGGCAUCAUGGUAGGGACCAGUGUUGCCGGAUAUUUGUAUGCCACAGGUUUCAAAGAAUGGAAGAAAGCGCAAGAGCUGAAAGAGGCAGAGAGUGUCAAGGGCGGUAAUGGCACAGCACUCCACGCCGUCCCUACCAUGAAUGAAGAGAAGAAGCAGAUCGAGAAGCAGGCCCUGCGUAUCAUCGCGAACAACCGUGAGAGAUAG